AUGGCUCCAGAGUCAUUUGGUCGAGUCGCGCCGGUCGAGCGGAAAAUGCCGGCAGCCAUGGCGCCUCCCCAAGCACCCAACCAGCCGCCGCCCUCAACGCUGGCCGCGCAGCUCGUCGAGAACUUUUCUGCCUCGGUACGGUCAUCCCGCGCUGCUGACGAGACCGCAGAGCUGCAGAAGUUCUUGCCGGUGAUAGAGCGUAUAAAAAACGAUCCUGAGCUGCUCAAGACGGCCCAAGACCGCAUUGAGCACAACCACAUGCUGAUAUACGUGUUUGGGCUCAUCUCGCUCGACGGCCUUAAAUGGGGCGAUCCGUUCGUCUCGCGUGCUCAAAUCGAGCAGCUCGAGGGCGAGACCCUCAAGGCCGUCAAUUUUCUUAAAAUGACCAUCCGCGAAACCCCUGCAGUCCUUGCUUACGUCGCCGAGGAGGGCACCUUUCUCUUCCGCAAGAGCGAGCCUCUGUGGCUUUGGAUCUUGCCAAGGGUCUUGAGGCUCCUCGGCAUGGAGAUGGCUGCUGCCUUAUCCAGUCCCAUCGAGGAGCUUUGCCGCUUUAUUUUGCUUACUUCGAACCAGCACUGCGAUCUGUGGGGCCAUACUGCUGGGAUUCUGCGCUACCUACAAGGAUGUGUUGACUCUGUUUUGGGCCACCUCUUUGAAUCUCCUCUCAUCAGUGUAAAAUCUGCUUUCUCCUCAAAACUUCCCACCAACGUUUUCCUACCAGACGCGUCCUUCCAGGACUGCACCUACAAGGUAGCUAGUGUGAAACAUGCACUCGGGAACGCAUGGUCUGUACUUCGUACAAUAUGCAGCGCCGUCGUAUCGACCAGCCAACCUGAGCUGGCUCUUGCUUCACCUUUUCAACAGACCAUACCCUGGCUUGUCGAUUCGUUACAGUCCUACUACGCCGUGUAUGAAAGCUAUGCAAACGGCUUGGAUAUUAAGUCGGUUGCAAUUCUAAAAUGCCUCGUGGAUUUAAUAUCAUCUCAGUUCGCCUCAUCAGAUGACUCAAGCCGCGACCUUUACUAUAAAGCGCUUAGUGUCUUGGCUCUUUUGUGCGGCCGCCUUCUGGAACCGGCCUCAGAGCUCUUCGCCACCGAUGAUAAUGGUGUAGCGGCCAGGAAAGUCUUUAGUUUUGCUCUUGCCUACAUCAGUCAUGCUGCAGUUAGAUGUAAACCAAUUAGCCGGCUUGCCGUUUCCCAGAUACUCAACCCAUUAGGCACACUCGCCUCGCAGAUUAAUGACCUUGGACCUGGCACAGACAUUACGCAUUGUAUAAGCCUCCUGAAAAAUGCGACCUCUAGUAUAGAUCCUGGGAGCUUCCACGCCGGCAUCGAGCUCGACAGUUUUGUCGAACCAACACUCAGGCAAUGCGUUGCAAACCUAAAGCUUUAUGAACAGCCUGCCGGUGCAUCUCAGCCAUCGGCUAAGCGCAGGAAACUUUCAGCAGAACCUAGACUGCUACCUCACCUCCUAAACUCCAUCUGCAGAAUCUUCAAUGCCGAUGAUCUGCGAGACUAUACCUUGCUUGAGAGUCUUAUCUCAAAUGGCUUCUCGUCACUCGAUGAGCGUCAAGCUUGUCAAGUCCUCGAACUACUUGCCUACAUAUCCUGCGCUACCGACAAUACCCUGAUCAUGACCAGCAGCGCUUCCAACUCGCAAAAUUUGCACUGCACAUUUUGCUCAUCCUAUGACAGGGGACGGAAGACCCCACUGUGUCUCGACAUUAGCGCAAAGUCUAUGGUUGCCAAGGCCUUUGGGCGAAUCGUCAAGCUACCGUCUUUAACCAAUUCCAAGAAGUCCAGAGUCGUGGCGAUGAUGGCCUUGAGAAAAGUAGCGUCACAUACUAGAGACCCUGAUCUGCUGGAUUUGGAAAAGUCGGUGACUGGUCAUUGGUGCCUUCAGUCGCUGAACAGCUCUGUAAGAGAGCUGCGUAUCGCAGCUGGGAGAACCCUGGCCGCCUUUUUACAGGACUCUGAAACAGCAACGCCAGGGACCAGGGAUUUGGUUGCGCGGAACAAGUCGCUUGUAUUAGGUCUUCUGAAGAGUCUUUCCGACAAGAACGUUGCCCACUUGAACGAAACAUGUAUAAUGGCAUGGGGCCAAGUUGGGAUCAUUGUGUCCGACGAAGGACUGAGCUUAGUCCUCGUGAAACUACUCGACUUUCUGGGGCACAGCAAUACAAUGAUUUCAGCAUUUGCUUUCAACGAAAUACUUAACCUUGCUGCUGCGCGUAAAACAACGCCCCGGCGUUUAUUCGACCCAUUUUGGAGGAGUAUAGCCUUCUCAACCGUCAAAGACAUGAUAUCUAGGCCACAAACUACACGGCUCACCGCAGAGCUACUUCAAAUCAGCGUAUCCGAUCACUUGCUUUCGAUCCAGCAGUACGCCUUGCCAUGGCUUGUCUUGACCAAGAAGAAGGAGAUUGUACAGAAGAUUGCCGAGGCUCGCGGUGAGAAAGCUGCGUGGCAACCAAUUCUUGACUGCAACAAUCUUGGUUACAUUCUUGCAUUGCUACUUGUACAGGAGGUUCCUGAUACACACGAGUUUGUUUUAAGUAGCUUAAGGCAAAUAUCGUCGCACUUCAACAACACAGAACUGGCCGCCCUGAUCGCCGCAGAUCCUGUCCUUACAGUGCUGGAGCUCCUACGAGAUUCAGGUGAAGGUAACGAAGAGAAGAAAGCUCGCGUCCGCUCAGCCCUGUUGCUCAUGGCAGAGCUUACGUUUGACGACCAUCUGAAGCGAGAGUACAAGAAGAAAAAGGACAUGGUUGCUCGUUAUCUCCAAAUUCACGCGCUAGGUUUGACAGCACAUAUCGCUGAAACGCUGAAGGAGAGUUCAUCCACACAUUACCCCGUUCACGAGCAGAAAAGAUCCCUUCGAGCCAUGGAGGAAAUGAUCAAACUCUGUCGUUUCUACAUCAGAAUCGCCAGGCCUCAAGUCACUGCAUUUCUACUUACGGCUCUGGCAUACGACGAGCUUAGAUCCGCGGCCGUGUCCUGUUGGGCCGUGUUGCUCAAGAAUCUCGAAGAUGAUGACGUUGACGUUUUGCUGGAAACCACUUUCUUCAUAAUAGGCCAUUACUGGCACCUUUUUGAUGAAACAACCAAAACCGUCUGUCAGGAGAUACUGAACUCUCUCCUCACGAAUAACCAGGAUAUGCUCAAGGCAAAGAUCUAUGAGCUACCAUCUUUUGCUCAGCUCUCCGACCUUGUCGAUGUCGAAGCGCGUCUCAACUCCCUCAGGACUCCACUGGACACUAGAGGGGUCUUUUUGAUCUUUGCAAAGAGGAUCGGCAACGAAAACCCUGGCGUUGUUCUCCAAGCCCUCAAGGAACUAUCGCCUUACCUACGCACAAAUCAGUCAUACUUGCAGACCUCGGCCAUCAGUGAGAAGCCCGACAGUUCGGUCACAACCCUAACGCGGGCUCUGCUCGAUUGCUCGGCCAGAUAUAACAGCGUCCAUCUCGAGAUCAGUAGUCUAUGCGUCCAGUGCCUUGGUAACGUUGGCUGCCUUGAUUCAAAUCGACUUGAAACCGUUCGGGAGAGUCGCCAGUUUGUUGUCGCCAGAAAUUUUGAGGAUGCUGGCGAAACCACCGAUUUCGUCUUGUUCAUUCUGGAGGAGAUCUUGGUCAAGGCAUUUCUUUCGGCGACCGACACUAGCUUCCAAGGCUACCUAUCAUACGUCAUGCAGGAGCUUCUCGAAAGGACCGACUUCAAAACAGCUUACGCACUCAGAGGGGGCGAAGGCGAGCAUAUAUACCAGAAGUGGUUAACGCUGCCCGAGAGCGUACGGGAAGUACUACAGCCCUUUAUGAGCUCGCGUUACCGCGUCAAUGCGAUAGCGAACGGAAACAUCGAGUAUCCUCUUUUCCGCCCCAACAAACCAUAUGCCAACUGGCUCCGGACGUUCGUGUUCGAUUUGCUGCAUAAGGGACAGAAUCCUUUUGCUCAGAUAUUGUUCGAACCGCUGCGCCGUGUGAUCAAAGUGAAAGAUCCGAUUGUCUCUGAGUUUCUUCUUCCGUAUUUGGUGGUUCAUAUAGUGGUUGGGGAUGACACGGUCCAGAAAGACCGCAAGAAUGUGCUCGGAGAAUUGAAGAGCAUCCUGCAGCUGGAGCUGCCAGACAAUGUCUCAUACGCAGAGCGGGAUAAUAUGAAGCAAUAUUGCGAGGCAGCCUUCCGGGUUUUGGACUACUCCAUGCGAUGGCUGCAGGCACGAAAAGCACAAACGAAACAUGAGGACAGCCAUAGCCGCGAGGCAAUACGCAGAGUAGAGCAGCUGAUCAACUCAAUACCGGCUGACCUUCUCGCAAGACGAGCCAUGGAGUGCGGACAGUAUGCAAGGGCUCUGUUUCACCUGGAGCCACACGCGUCAAAGACGAGGGACAACGCCAAGGCGGACCCAGAAGAGACAAAGCGUUUGAUGUCCGAGCUGCAGUUCAUAUAUACGCAAAUCGAUGAGCCAGAUGGCCUAGAAGGCAUCUCAGCCAGCCUAGGCAUAGUCGAUCUCAACCAGCAGAUUUUGAGUCACCGAAAAGCAGGUCGAUGGUCACAGGCACAGUCGUGGUACGAAAUCCAGCUGGCGGAGGAGCCGGGAAAUGUGGAUGCUCAACUUGACCUCCUCAACUGUUUGAAGGAGUCUGGGCAAUACGAUGUCUUACUGAACUACGUAGAAGGCAUCAAGACAACACCAACUACGAUUAACAGGAUCGCUCCGUUCGCUGUAGAAGCGUCAUGGGCAACAGGCCGAUGGGAGACAGUGCAGAAGUACCUAGCCUCGUACACUGCGGGUGACACCACCGAGGUUUUCAACCUUGGAAUUGGUCAAGCCUUGAUAUGUCUCCGAGAAGGACGCCAUGACCAGUUUAAAGGCUACAUUCAGCUUCUCCGGGACAGAGUUGGCUCGUCACUAUCUUGGUCGACUACCUCGUCUCUACAAGCUUCUCAUGAUGCGAUGCUGAAGGCGCACGUACUGGCAGAUCUUGAACUCAUUGCAGAGAAUCAUGGAGUUGCUGAUGAUAAAACUGUGAAGCAGCAAAAUGUAUUGGCAACACUGAACCGUCGUCUGGCGGUCAUUGGUGCUUAUGUCAAUGACAAGCAAUAUGUUUUGGGCGUCAGAAGGGCAGCAAUGGAGCUGAUGCGGCCCAGAUUUGGCGAUGGCGAUAUAUCUUCGCUCUGGCUGACAAGUGCGCGCCUAGCAAGGAAAGCGGGAUCAAUGCAUCAGUCGUUCAAUGCCGUACUCCAUGCACACCGUUUAGGAGACGGACUGGCCACAAUCGACAACGCAAGACUAUUGUGGAAAGAGGGCAACCACCGCAAAGCCAUCCAAGUCUUGCAGAGCGCCAUCAAAGGCGAUAACUUUACAAGCGCGGGACUGAGCUCCGUCCCACCUCCAUCGAGCAAAAUUCUCGAAUGGGAGAAGAGGCUUCUGACCGCCCAGGCACAUCUGCUAUUAGCAAAAUGGCAAGAGUCUGCCGGCCAGACACAUACCAGUGCCCUCCGCCAGCAGUUCCAAACAGCAGCAAAAACGUUUUCGCCGUGGGAGAAGGGUCACUACUACCUUGGCCGCCACUACAAGAAGGUGCUCGAGUCAGAAGAGGCCCUCAAGCCUGACGACCAGAGCGACGAGUACCUGAGCGGAGAAACGGCCAAGUUGGUCAUUGAGAACUACAUUCGUUCUCUUAAUUAUGGAACAAAGUACCUCUAUCAGACACUCCCGCGGAUCCUUACUCUGUGGCUAGAACUCGGCGCUCGAAUAGAUAAGGCACCAGAGGGUAAGGUGUCGUUGUCGCGCGAGUUGUAUCAGCGGCGCAAGCAGCAGCUAGAGGAGUUGCACAAAUACCUUACGAAACACAUGCAAAAAAUGCCAGCAUACAUCUUUUACACGGCACUCCCCCAGAUUGUAGCACGAAUCGCCCACCCUCACCCGGGGGUCUUCCAACUGCUGCAAUCAUUAAUAGUAAAAGUCAUUGAUGCGCAUCCACGACAGUCGGUAUGGAGUCUGUUGGGCGUAAUGACCUCAAGGAUUCCUUCCGAGAGGCGCAACCGAGCUAUCCAGAUCAUUACGGUGCUGGUGAAAUUUGCCAACGGCCGGAAGGUGGAAGGUGCUAGCUUUGACCUUAAGCAGCUCUUGCGGAUGGGCGAGAGGCUAGCAGAACAGCUUUUAUCAGCAUGCAACAAUGGCGAUUUCCAAAGCAACAGGACAACCGUUGCAAGUCUCAGCCGGGAUCUAGGCUUCAACCCGAAAUGCACGCCGUGUCCUUUAGUGGUUCCUAUCGAAAAAACUCUCAUGGCGACUUUGCCAGCCCGGACGGAACAUGUACGGAAGCACAAGGCCUUCAGCCAGGACCUGAUAACUUUGGAUUCGUUCCUCGACGAAGUCCUAGUUCUGAGUUCGCUGGCUAAGCCGAGAAAGCUACAGGCUCGUGGGUCGGACGGUAAUAUCUACGGGUUGCUGGUCAAGCCCAAGGACGACUUGCGGACGGACCAGCGGCUAAUGGAAUUCAACGGCAUGAUCAACCGGUCCCUGAAGCGUGAUGCCGAAAGCAGUCGAAGGAGACUGUAUAUUCGAACCUAUGCUGUCACACCGCUGAACGAAGAGUGCGGCAUAAUCGAGUGGGUUGAUGGCCUGAAGACUCUCCGAGACAUCCUGCUCAACAUCUACAAGGCCAAAGGAAUCUCCCCUAACUACGGGCAAAUCCAGACGCUGAUGCGUGAUGCUGCAGCUGGAGAUGGCAAGAACAUCAAGGUGUUCACAGAUCAGGUACUUGCUAUGUUCCCCGCGGUGCUGCCCUUGUGGUUCGUGUCACAAUUUCCGGAGCCAUCAGCAUGGUUCGCUGCUCGUCUCAAAUACACAAGGUCCUGUGCGGUUAUGUCCAUGGUGGGCACAAUCCUGGGGCUGGGAGACCGGCACGGCGAGAACGUCCUGCUCGAGGAAGGGAAUGGUGGCGUCUUCCAUGUCGACUUCAACUGCCUCUUCGACAAGGGCCUCACGUUCGCGACUCCGGAGCGCGUACCGUUCCGACUGACGCACAACAUGAGAGCCGCCAUGGGCAUCUAUGGGCACGAGGGACCCUUCCGCAAGUGCAGCGAGCUUACUUUGAGCAUCCUCCGGCAGCAAGAGGAAACGCUGAUGACGAUUCUUGAGGCUUUCAUCUACGACCCAACGCUGGACCUCCAGAGGGACAAGAAGCGCGACCGGGUGGGUGGGCACGGCACGGUGAGGCUGAACCCGCACAGCGUCGUUGAGAGCAUUAAACGCAAGGUCAAGGGUUUGCUGCCAGAGGAGAGUAUCCCUCUGGGCGUGGAGGGGCAGGUAGAGGAGCUGAUCAAGCAGGCCAUCGACCCGAGGAACUUGACGGCAAUGUAUAUUGGGUGGUGUCCUUUUUUGUGA